GUCUUUGCGGAUGCAAUUGUGCUCAGAUUUUGAGUUGUUUCAUUGAUCUUGGAGAACUGAUAUAGAGAGCGAGAGAGAGAUCGAAAUGUUGCGGGCGAGAGCAUUUCGGCAGACAAAUGGUAAGAUUGUGAAGAUACAGGUACAUCCCACGCAUCCAUGGCUUGUCACAGCCGAUGAUUCAGAUCACGUUUCCGUCUGGAAUUGGGAGCAUCGUCAGGUAAUUUAUGAAUUGAAAGCCGGCGGAGUUGACGAGCGCCGUUUAGUUGGUGCUAAGUUAGAGAAGCUCGCCGAGGGAGAAUCCGACUAUAAAGCCAAGCCCACUGAAGCCAUUAGAGGAGGAAGUGUUAAGCAGGUGAAGUUUUAUGACGAUGAUGUGCGUUAUUGGCAACUUUGGCGCAAUCGUUCUGCAGCUGCUGAAUCUCCAUCAGCUGUCAAUCAUCUCACAUCUGCUUUCACUUCUCCUGCUCCAUCGACUAAAGGCCGGCAUUUUCUGGUCAUCUGUUGUGAGAAUAAAGCCAUUUUCUUGGAUUUGGUAACAAUGCGUGGUCGUGAUGUGCCAAAGCAAGAGCUUGAUAACAAGUCACUUCUCUGCAUGGAGUUUCUUACCAGAUCAUCUGGUGGUGAAGGCCCUUUAGUUGCAUUUGGUUCAACUGAUGGUGUUAUUCGGGUUUUAUCAAUGAUAACAUGGAAGCUUGCACGUAGAUAUACAGGUGGCCAUAAAGGAUCCAUAUAUUGCUUGAUGAAUUUCAUGGCAUCAUCUGGCGAAGCACUCCUUGUUUCAGGUGGCAGUGAUGGCUUACUUGUACUGUGGAGUGCCGAUAAUGGCACUGACUCAAGGGAACUUGUACCCAAGCUUAGCUUAAAGGCACAUGAUGGUGGGGUGGUGGCUGUUGAGUUGUCAAGGGUAAGUGGGAGUGCUCCACAAUUGAUUACAAUUGGGGCUGACAAGACAUUAGCCAUAUGGGACACAAUGACAUUUAAGGAGCUGCGUAGAAUUAAACCUGUCCCGAAGCUAGCUUGCCACAGUGUUGCAUCUUGGUGUCACCCUCGAGCGCCAAACCUUGAUAUUUUGACUUGCGUUAAAGAUUCGCACAUAUGGUCUAUUGAGCAUCCAACUUAUUCGGCCCUAACAAGGCCAUUAUGUGAACUUUCUUCCUUGGUUCCGCCUCAAGUACUUGCAACCCACAGAAAACUUAGGGUCUAUUGUAUGGUUGCACAUCCUCUACAACCACAUCUCGUCGCAACUGGUACCAAUGUUGGUAUUAUAGUUAGUGAAUUUGAUCCUCGUGCCAUCCCGUCCGCAGCUCCUCUACCAGCACUGCCUGGAAGUCGGGAAAAUUCAGCUAUAUAUAUCCUUGGAAGAGAAUUAAAGCUCUUGAACUUUCAACUAUCCAACUCAGCCAACCCAUCCCUUGGAAAUAAUAGUGCCUUGUCCGAGUCAGGGCUGUCUAAGGGAGACCCAGGUGAACAGUUGACUGUAAAGCAGACCAAAAAGCAGAUCGUGGCACCUGUUCCACAUGAUUCAUACUCAGUUCUAUCUGUGAGCAGUUCAGGGAAGUAUGUGGCUGUUGUAUGGCCUGAUAUUCUGUACUUCUCUAUCUACAAGGUUAGUGACUGGUCCAUUGUUGACUCUGGAAGUGCAAGACUGUUGGCUUGGGAUACAUGUCGAGACAGAUUUGCCAUUCUAGAAUCUGUGUUACCUCAAAGGAUGCCUAUAAUCCCUAAGGGUGGUUCAUCGAGAAAGGCAAAAGAAGCCGCUGCAGCUGCAGCUCAAGCUGCGGCUGCUGCCAGUGCAGCUUCAUCGGCUAGUGUCCAAGUUCGUAUUCUCUUGGAUGAUGGUACCUCAAACAUACUCAUGAGAUCUGUCGGAGGUCGCUCUGAACCGGUCAUUGGUCUGCAUGGUGGUGCUCUACUUGGUAUAGGCUAUCGCACAUCCCGAAGGAUUAGUCCUGUUGCUGCAACAGCUAUUUCAACCAUUCAGUCGAUGCCACUCUCGGGAUUUGGAAACAGCAAUGUUUCUUCAUUUUCUAGCUAUGAUGAUGGGUUUUCUUCGCAGAAGUCUGCCGAGUCUGCACCCCUAAACUACCAGCUCUACAGUUGGGAAAAUUUUGAGCCAGUAGGUGGUAUGCUACCUCAGCCAGAAUGGACGGCAUGGGACCAAACAGUUGAGUACUGUGCUUUUGCUUAUCAACAAUACAUGGUCAUAUCGUCCUUGCGCCCUCAGUAUAGAUAUCUUGGUGAUGUUGCCAUUGCACAUGCUACUGGAGCUGUUUGGCAUCGCAGACAGCUGUUUGUGGCUACACCAACCACGAUUGAAUGUGUUUUUGUGGACGCGGGAGUUUCUGAAAUUGAUAUAGAGACUAGGAAGAUGAAGGAAGAAAUGAAACUUAAGGAGGCACAGGCUAGAGCAGUUGCAGAGCAUGGAGAGUUAGCCUUAAUCACAGUAGAAGGUUCCCAGGCUGCAAAGCAAGAAAGGAUAUCUUUAAGGCCCCCCAUGCUGCAGGUGGUGCGCUUAGCUUCUUUCCAAAAUGCUCCAUCUGUUCCACCAUUCUUAUCAUUGCCAAGACAAUCUAGAGGUGAUAGCGAUGACGUAAUGGAUGAAAGAAGGAUCAAUGAGGUAGCUGUGGGUGGUGGAGGAGUCUCAGUUGCUGUUACUCGUUUCCCAGUGGAGCAAAAACGACCAGUGGGGCCUCUUGUUGUUGCCGGUGUACGGGAUGGAGUUCUUUGGCUCAUUGACAGGUACAUGUGUGCCCAUGCCAUAUCACUUAAUCAUCCUGGUAUCCGCUGUCGCUGUCUUGCUGCUUACGGGGAUGCUGUUAGUGCAGUUAAAUGGGCAAGUAGGCUUGGGAGAGAACAUCACGACGAUCUGGCACAGUUUAUGCUAGGGAUGGGAUACGCAACAGAAGCUCUUCAUUUGCCUGGAAUAUCUAAGAGGCUGGAGUUUGAUCUAGCAAUGCAGAGCAAUGAUCUUAAGAGGGCUCUUCAUUGUCUUCUCACAAUGAGUAAUAGCAAGGACAUUGGACAGGACGGUGUAGGCCUUGAUUUGAGUGACAUUCUCUCUUUGACAGCUACUAAAAAAGAAGAUGUUGUUGAAGCUGUGGAGGGAAUAGUGAAAUUUGCAAAGGAGUUUCUUGACCUUAUAGAUGCUGCUGAUGCCACAGGGCACGCUGACAUUGCUCGCGAAGCUCUCAAAAGACUGGCAACUGCAGGUUCAGUCAAAGGCGCUUUACAAGGUCAUGAGUUGCGAGGCCUUUCAUUACGCCUAGCAAACCAUGGAGAAUUGACACGCCUAAGCGGACUUAUAAACAAUCUGAUUUCCAUAGGCCUCGGGCGAGAAUCAGCAUUUUCUGCUGCAGUUCUGGGUGACAAUGCGCUCAUGGAGAAGGCAUGGCAAGACACGGGAAUGCUCGCAGAAGCCGUGCUUCAUGCCCAUGCACAUGGUCGUCCAACUCUAAAGAACUUGGUCCAGGCUUGGAAUAAAACGCUGCAGAAGGAAGUUGAGCAAGCUCCAUCUUCUAAAACUGAUGCUGCAAGUGCGUUUCUGGCUUCUCUCGAGGAUCCAAAGCUCACGAGUUUAUCUGAUGCAUCCAGAAAACCUCCUAUCGAGAUUCUUCCUCCUGGAAUGUCUUCAAUCUUUGCUUCCAUUACUGCUCCCAAAAAACCUUUACUCACACAGAAGACUGCACAGCCAGAAGUAGCUAAGCCAUUGGCGCUCGAAGAACCUGCAAAACCAUUGGCUAUUGAAGCUCCUCCAUCUUCUGAGGCACCACAGACUGAUUCAGCGCCUGAAACUGCAGCUGCUGCUGAGUCACCAGCACCUGAAAUCGCAGCCGUUGCUGAGUCACCAGCACCUGAAACCGCAGCUGUUGCUGAGUCACCAGCAUCUGAAACUGCAGCAGCACCUGUGGAUGGACCCGUGACGGAGACAGUGUCUGAGCCUCCUCCCGUAGAGGAGGAAACUUCUUUGGAAGACAAAAGUGAUCCGUCUUCAACUCCAAACACUGAAACAGCUGCAGGCACAGAAAAUACUAGCCAAACAACAACAACGCCUGAAACUGUUACAAGAGCGCCACCAGAAACUGUUACAACAGCCCCUCCGCCUGAAACUGUUACGACAACAGUGAACCCAACAGAGAAUGCAGCAACCGAGAGACGAAGCGUUGUCGCUCCCAAACCCUUAUCUCCUCUCAAACCCUGUUUACCUAUCCCUCGUCCACUCGUUACUCUGCCUUGUAAGCUCCGUCGCGGCUUCGUUAGAGCUUCGUCCUCUUUUCUUGUCGAUGAUUCAGUAUCAGGUCUCGAGCGUUGCUUACAGUUACCUUCAGGAGUUGAGUUAGCCCCAUCUUCCUCUGGCUCUUUCUCUGCAAGUACUCAGAUGUGUCCUGUGAUGAAAGGGAAAUUUGGUUCUGUAGGAGCUGUAACUUUGGAAAAAGGGAAGCUUGAUAUGACCCAGAAGAUUUCUGAGACCAGCCCUGAGAUUGCAACUGGAGGAGGUGGUGGAAACAUUGGAAAGAGUAUCAAUAACGGUGGUGGCGAUGGAGGUGACGAUAAUGGUGAUGAUGACGAUUACUUUGAUGAAUUUGAUGAUGGCGAUGAGGGAGAUGAUGAUGGACUUUUUAGGCGUAGGAUGUUCCUCGCAGAGAUUUUUGAUAGGAAAUUUGUUGAUGCUGUGUUGAACGAAUGGCAAAAAACAAUGAUGGAUUUACCUGCUGGUCUCCGUCAAGCAUAUGAAAUGGGUUUGGUCAGCUCAGCACAAAUGGUGAAAUUCCUUGCUAUAAAUGCCCGUCCUACAACAACUAGAAUGAUCUCCCGUGCUCUUCCUCAGGGAUUGUCGAGGGCCUUUGUUGGCAGGAUGUUGGCGGAUCCUGCAUUUCUCUAUAAACUUCUUUUGGAGCAAGCUGCCACGGUUGGAUGCUCGGUUUGGUGGGAGGUGAAGAAUCGUAAGAAUAGACUAAAAGAGGAAUGGGAUCUUGCACUUAUAAAUGUUCUUACUGUAUCAGCAUGCAAUGCAGCUGCUGUUUGGUUGCUAGCUCCAUGUCGUUCCUAUGGAAACACAUUCCGGUUUGACCUGCAAAAUACACUGCAAAAGCUACCAAAUAAUUUAUUUGAAAUGAGCUAUCCUCUUAGAGAGUUCGACUUGCAAAAGAGAUUUCAUUCUCUUUUCUACAAGGCUGCAGAGUUGUCCAUUCUUGGACUCGCAGCAGGAACUAUCCAGGGUUCGUUGUCAAACUUUCUGGCAGGAAAGAAGAAGAACAGAGUAUCUGUGACGGUCCCAUCUAUCAGCACAAAUGCUCUUGGUUAUGGUGCAUUUCUUGGAAUAUAUGCGAACUUGAGAUAUCAGCUGUUAUGUGGAUUUGAAAGAGGAGUGAGCAGCCACUUUGAUGUCAUAGGAGUAGCGCUCUUCUUCGGCACUGCCUUGAGGAUUAUGAAUGUUCAAUUAGGGGAAAAGUCAAGACAGGUAUGGCUAGGUGUGGAGGCAGACCCACUGGCGCAGUCAGAUGAUCUGCUGGCAAAAGCAUACAACCGACCCUCAGAGGAAGCAGUAGCAAAGCCAUCUUCAAGAUGGUUCAUCUCAAAGAAUGCAAUUGUCUCAGGGCUACUGGGGAAGAAGCAAGAGGACUCAGUUUCAGAUCCUCCACCUCCAAAGGCUAGGCGAAAAAGGAUUGUGAGGAAGAAGGUGGCUGCAUCUGCCUCUUAAAUAACCAACAAAACCUCUAAAAUGUCACAAUUUUCAGAGUCCAUGGAAGAGCAACAGUGAGGUUAUGUUGUUCAUUUGAGGCACACAUGAAAAAGUUUUGUUGCCAGAGGAAGAAGGGAUCACCAAACUUGGGGAAUUGGAAAAAGCUCUGUAGCCUUUUUUUUUUUUCUUUAUGACUCAUUCUCUCUAGUUUUAAGUGCUUUUGGAAAAAGACAUUUCUAUUUUUAGGUGUGGUGAUGAUGCAAUCUCUGGUUAAAAAUCUCAAAUUGCCAUUCUGUAUUUUCACCUUUUAUUUUCUCUCUCAAUGUUUCUAAUAAAUAGCCACAUCUUAC